AUGAGCGAAUCCAAGAUGAACUUCACCACGACACCCUGCGAAGCUUGUGGAGAACUUUCAACGCAGGAUGAUGAGAUGAUCGGGUGUGACAGCUGCGAGCAUUGGUUCCACUCGCGCUGCGUGAAAGUUACGGCGGCGGCAAAGAAGGACAAGAAAUGGUUCUGUCCGGAAGCUGUCUGCCAAGCGGUUUCCCAAGCAUAUCAGAAGCAGAAGAAAAGUACCCGUUCAAGAAAGGCCCCAGAAGAUUCGGAUCGGGCAAGUGUGAAAUCCAACGAGCCUCUAUUACCAGCCUUGCCUUCGUCUGUGGAAGAAAGGAUCCGAGCCAUGGAUGCAGAGAAGAAGCGCCUGGAAGAGGAAAUGGACGCAGAGCGUGUGAUACGCGAGAAGGAGUUGGAGAUCAAGAAUGCUUUGAAGGAACGAAGAAUGGUCAUGGAGCGCGAGCUGCGAGAAAAGGAGCUACAACAGGAUCGAGAGCUUCGCGAGAAGGAGAUUGAAGAGAAGAACCUUCACUUCCAAAGGGAGCUGCAGGAGAAGAAGGAACAUCUAAGCCGCAUUCUAAUGAUGGAGCAAGCCCAUCAGGAACAGAUGUCUUCUGUGGAACGGAAGUUGAAGGAAGCGGAAACAGACAAUGGCCGAAAGAAGACGGAAGUGGAUCCGCGAGAAGGUUUUUCUGGAGGAGUUGGCCUAAAGGUAACGCCAUUACGUUAUCCGGCCAUUGGUAAGCUAACGGAAGCUAACCUGAAGCUGUAUGCACAGAAAACCGAAGACGUCGAAGAUAAUAAUUCCGAAAGUAGUGAAAGCGAUGCGGAAAAUGAAAGGGAAAGCAACGUGACAACCCUAAACGGGCUGGAGCAGCCGCGACAAGGACCGAGCAAGGCUCAAUUGGCCGCUAGGAGCGGAUUAACCAAAAAGCUUCCCAAUUUCUCCGGGAAACCCGAAGAGUGGCCGCUCUUCUUCGGAGCUUAUCAGGCGUCCAACGAAGCUUGCGGAUAUUCAGACGUGGAGAACUUGGUGAGACUUCAAGACUGCUUGAAGGGACCGGCGCUUGAAUCGGUUCGUGGCCAACUUAUCUUCCCAAAAUCUGUUCCACGCAUAAUCGCAAAGCUACGUCAGUUUUACGGACGUCCGGAGCAGGUACUUCAGAACCACCUGGAAAAGGUUCGCAAACUGGAACCACCCAGGGCCGACAAACUGGCGAGUUUCAUACCGUUCGGAAACGCCGUGGAACAGUUGUGCGAGCACUUGGAAGCAGCAGAUCUCACUCUCCACUUGGUUAACCCGAUCCUUAUCCAAGAUCUAGUUAACAAACUUCCGGACGGAGAAAAACGGCAAUGGGUCCACUACAAGCGGAAGAAGAAUGCAGCGACACUUCGAACGUUUACCGAUUUUCUGUCGGGCAUUGUGACUGAUGCCUGCGAAGCGAACGUCAACAUCGAGUAUAGGUCGGACACGAAAGUGGUAGUAGGAGUAGGCGGAAGAAAUAGACCGAAAGAAAAAGCGGCGGUGUGCAGUCAUAGUGAGGUGAUGUCUUCCUAUGUAAACGAGACCUACAGGAAGCAGCAGAAGCCAUGCAAGGUAUGUCAGCGCUCGGACCAUCGACUGCGGUUCUGUCAGGACUUCAAGGACUUAUCCCAUGCAGAUCGGAUGAAGGUCGUUGCCAGGUGGAAACUAUGUCAGGUUUGUCUUAAUGAUCAUGGGGGUCAGUGUCGCUUUAAGAUUCGAUGCAAUGUAGGUGACUGUAGGGAACCUCAUAAUCCUUUAAUUCACCCAGUUGAGGGCGUAGUGGGCAUGAGCGCGCACAUUAGGUCGGGUCAGUCAGUUAUCUUCCGAAUGGUUCCAGUAAAGGUGCAUUCUGGGGGAAGGUCGAUAACAGUCCUCGCAUUCCUAGAUGAAGGUGCCUCAGUAACCUUGAUCGACAGCAAGCUUGCUGAUCGUUUGGGGCUUGUAGGUGUUCAAGAGAAGCUCACUAUUAAGUGGACAGCUGACGUUUCAAGGGUAGAGAAAAGUUCUCGGCGUAUGAAUGUUUGGAUUUCGGCAGUGAGUCCGCCGGGUAAUGCGAAGAUGUUGCUCCAAACGGUUCACACAGUCGAGAAGCUGAUGCUGCCUCAUCAAGCGUUGAAUGCUGAAGAGCUGGCGAUGGAGUAUAAACACAUACGGGACUUGGAAGUCACAUCGUACGACGGUCGUCCAGGAAUCCUAAUAGGAGCAAACAACAUCCACUCCUUUGCUCCGAUGGAGGCAAAGAUUGGCACAAAAAUCGAGCCGAUUGCUGUCCGCUGCAAGCUUGGUUGGACCGUGUAUGGGCCAAGACAAACCGAUUCGGCGCUGAGAGGGAGCUAUUUGGGAUAUCACCAGAACGUGUCAAACGAGGAAAUCCACGAGCUACUGAAGAACCACUAUGCAUUAGAGGAAUCGGUAGUAAGUGUGCAGCAGGAGUCGCUUGAGGACAAGCGGGCUCGGUCGAUACUGGAGCGGACUACAAGACGACUUAGUGGUCGAUUUGAGACGGGACUUCUCUGGAAGACGGAUGAGAUUCACUUCCCGGAUAGUUAUCCAAUGGCCCUGAAGCGAGCGACACAUUUGGAGAGAAGGUUGGAAAGGAAGCCGGAAUUAUACCAGAAGGUUCGGAAUCAGAUCCAGGACUAUUUGGAUAAAGGCUAUGCACAUCUGGCGACGGAGGAGGAGAUAGCCAAUACACAGAGCGACAAGGUUUGGUAUCUUCCUCUGAACGUCGUUCUCAACCCGAAGAAACCCGGGAAGGUGCGACUAGUCUUUGACGCGGCAGCAACUGUUCAAGGAGUAUCCCUAAAUUCAAUGUUGCUAAAGGGACCUGAUCUACUUGUGCCACUAGUGUCGGUGAUUAUCGGUUUCCGGGAACGAAGGAUUGCUUUCGGCGGAGACAUCCGAGAGAUGUAUCACCAGUUGAAGAUAGUUACGGAUGACAAGCAAGCACAGCGCUUCCUCUUCAGAAACAGCAGCAGUGAGUCAGCGCAAAUUUACGUGAUGGACGUCGCCACGUUUGGUUCUACGUGCUCUCCAGCAUCGGCGCAGUACGUAAAAAAUCGGAACGCGGAGGAGUACGCAACUCAAUUUCCGGAGGCGGCUGCAGCAAUCAUUCAUCGACAUUAUGUCGAUGAUUACUUUGACAGCGUUGACACGGUCGAAGAAGCGCUAGAACGAGCGCAGCAAGUGAGCUUCGUUCACAAGCAAGCUGGUUUCGAGAUUCGGCACUGGGUUUCGAACUCAGUGGAAGUACUUUCAGGCCUUGGAGAAGAUAAACCCAUGGAGCCGGUUCUAUUCAACCAGGAUAAGCAGUUGGGCAGCGAGCGCGUGCUUGGAAUUACAUGGGAUCCAGAAAUAGACGUGUUUGCGAUCACAAUAAUGCACCGGGAGAGUGUCAGAGCGUAUUUGUACGAUAGUAAGCGGCCAACGAAGCGAAUAGUUUUGAGUUGCGUGAUGGGAUUUUUUGAUCCACUUGGUUUGCUAUCGCCAUUCACUGUUCACGGUAAAAUAAUAAUUCAGCAAUUGUGGCGAAGCGGUUGCGAAUGGGAUCAACAGAUUGGCGACGAGGAGUGGUGCAAGUGGAAGCAGUGGACGGAUCUCCUCCCGGAGGUAGAAGCCCUUCAAAUACCACGGUGCUAUCUUGGUGACACAAUAUCGUCGUCGGUGGAAUCUCUCGAGUCGCACAUCUUUACGGAUGCGAGCGAGCACGCCUACGGAUGUGUUGCUUACCUGAGAGCGAUCGUGAAUGGGCAGAUCCAUUGCAGUCUGGUUAUGUCCCGAGCGAAGGUAGCGCCACUAGAGUUGAUGGCCGCAGUGCUUGGGGCGAGGCUGAGUCAAACCAUUCUAAGCUCACACUCUCUGCGGAUCACUAAAACUGUGCUGUGGACCGACUCAAGAACCGUAUUAUCCUGGCUGCGUUCUGAUUCAUAUAAGUAUAAGCAGUUCGUAGCAUUCAGAGUGGGUGAAAUUUUGGAAUUGACGCGGUUUAUGGACUGGCGGUGGAUCCCGUCGAAGCAAAAUAUUGCGGAUGUCCUCACCAAGUGGAGUCAAGGUCCUCCACUACAAAACGACUCGGACCACAAAUUCUUUACCAACCGGAGGAAUUCUGGCCUUCUACAGGGCCGAUUGAUGCAACUGGAGAAGAGGCGCGAGGAAUGA